UUAAUAUCUAUUAAAUUCGUUUUGGAUAAAAUCCCCUUUCCAAUAAAUAUGUAUUGCAAAAAUAUCUGUUUAAACACAGCUGCACAGAGUCGGGACUUCCCUGUGCCCGCGAUCUGUGCUGAUACGGCACCGUAAAUAAGUGACUAAUCAUUACCCUAACGUAUUGACAUAAGAUUCAUUUUGCAAUAACCGGCUAAACAAUAACAGUAUCUUCUCACAUAAGUAUAUAACCUGAAGCGAGUUCUGUAUUGUAUCAUUCACAACAAAAGCUUUGCAUUCGCAACACAAGUUCACUCUUAGUAUUCCACUUUCAAAACAAACAUUUUUGAAAAAUGAACUUCGCCAAGAUUUUCUUCUUCCUGUUCGCCGUGUUCCUGGCAACAUCAACAGUGUCGGCGGCGCCUAAAUGGAAAAUCUUCAAGAAAAUCGAAAAGGCCGGAAGGAAUAUCAGAGACGGCAUCAUUAAGGCGGCACCCGCGGUUCAAGUAAUUGGACAAGCGGCCACCAUAUACAAGGGUUAAACCCUGCCCUCUCAAUUGACAUAAUGCCAAAAGGAAUACUCACUGUAUUAAGUUAAUGUUAAGUUAUUAUUUAUUGAGUAAUUAUA